ACUGCAGCGCAUAGCCAUCACAAACACUACACUAUGGGUUCUCAAGAAGAGCUCCACCAACCCAUCUUAAGCUCAGAACCAGAACCCGAAUCCGUAUCAGUAGCCUCCGCUAGUCACGGCGAGGAGUCAUCUUCACUUGAGAAGGUACUAUCCGACGCCCAGUUGCCGUGUUUCAAGAGGCUCCGAUUGGCCACAUGGAUUGAACUCAAGCUCCUCUUCCGCCUUGCUGCUCCUGCCGUCUUCGUUUACGUCAUCAACAACACUAUGUCACUUUCCACACGUGUCUUCGCCGGCCACCUGGGUAAUCUCGAGCUUGCAGCUGCCUCCCUCGGCAAUAGCGGCAUCCAACUCUUUGCCUACGGCCUCAUGUUAGGUAUGGGAAGCGCGGUGGAGACUCUAUGUGGGCAAGCCUACGGUGCCCACAAGUACGACAUGUUAGGCAUAUAUCUCCAAAGAGCAACCAUAGUCCUAACCAUCACCGGACUUCCACUUCUUGCAGUCUUCAUCCUAUGCAAGCCCUUAUUGCUUUUAAUCGGAGAAUCAUCAGCCUUAGCCUCUGCAGCCGCAGUUUUCGUCUACGGUCUGAUCCCACAAAUCUUCGCUUACGCUGUCAAUUUUCCAAUCCAAAAGUUUCUCCAGGCCCAGAGAAUUGUGCUUCCAAGUGCCUACAUAUCUGCGGCUACGCUUGGGGUGCAUUUAUUGCUAAGUUGGGUGGCUGUAUACGAGUUAGGUUGGGGGUUGAUUGGUGCCUCGUUGGUUUUGAGCUUGUCUUGGUGGAUCAUUGUAAUUGCUCAGUUCGUCUACAUUUUGACAAGUAGCAAAUGUAAGAAGACAUGGAGUGGGUUUAGUUUGCAGGCGUUUUCGGGGUUGUGGGAGUUCGUGAAGUUAUCGGCUGCAUCGGCUGUGAUGUUGUGCUUGGAGGUGUGGUACUUUCAGGUGCUAGUGUUGAUUGCUGGCUUACUAAAGGACCCUGAGCUUGCUUUGAACUCUUUGGCUGUAUGCAUGGCGAUAAAUGGAGUAUUGUUCAUGGUUUCAGUUGGAUUUAACGCAGCUAUAAGUGUGCGAGUAAGCAACGAGCUAGGUGCUGGGAAUCCAAAGUCUGCAGCAUUCUCGGUUGUGAUAGUAACACUAGUGUCGUUGGCUAUUGCUAUAGUUGAAGCCGUCAUUGUGCUGUUGCUCCGCGAUGUAAUCAGUUAUGCCUUUACCAGUGGCGAAACUGUUGCCGAAGCAGUCUCUAAACUCACUCCGUAUUUGGCCGUCACUCUAAUCCUUAAUGGGAUUCAACCUGUCCUCUCGGGGGUGGCUGUUGGGUGUGGAUGGCAAGCCUUUGUGGCAUAUGUGAAUGUGGGAUGCUACUAUGUGGUUGGAAUCCCAUUAGGCUGUCUUCUGGGAUUUAAGUUCGAUCUUGGUGCUCAGGGAAUAUGGUCGGGGAUGAUAGGAGGAACAUUGAUGCAGACCAUCAUCUUAUUGUGGGUAACAUUUCGUACGGACUGGAUUAAAGAGGUGGACACGAGUAAAAAGCGUUUGGAAAAAUGGGACGAUUCUAAUAAACAGCAGCAGCAACCUCUUCUCAAAAGCUGAUCAAUCAAAUUGAUCGAAGGCACAAGUUUCCAACAAUCAGUUUGCUAAUCAACUUGAUUUGAUUAGUAAGAAUACCUGAAACCCCAACCCCCCCAGCCCAAAAAAAAAAAAUUGUAUUGCAUAAUAAGAUUAUAUAUUGCAUGAAAUAAGCUAGGAUGAAAUUAAUCAAUGAGAUGAUUAAAGGGCGUGCGUGCAUGCCAAUAUGCCAAGCAUGAAGGGAGGGAAACAAUACAUCACACAAAGAGAGUGGCAAGCUACUGAGCUAGCAUGAACUUUAUGUGCCUGUAAUUCUAAGUUAUAAGCUCAUCUGCUCAUGCUUUCCCAUGGACAUCCAUUAAUCGCAACUCCUGAAAUUUCAUAAUAUAUACAUUUACCGAAUGUAACUUCUUGAACCGUAAGAAAUAAAAGACUUAUUCCUCCAGUUCAUCGAAAAAAGAAAAAAAAAACAUCUUGACAACGUGUUCAUUCUCCCAUGGACACUAUUACAGACCGGCAAUAACAUUUCAAAUUAACCAUGUAUUGUUAUUCAUAUCGUUGUAUAGCAAUCCCAAAAAUAUGAUACGCACACACGAUCACAUUACUUCCAUUACAGAAACAAUGAUACAAAUUAAUUAGCCUAGAUAGUUGAUACAUGGGCAGUGUAGCUAGCAGAACCAAACCAUAUGGCGCACAUAUAUUUGACGGCGCACAUUUGACUAGGAUAACUGUAGCAGGAAAAUUUGUAAAUUAUAACUGUAGCAAGAAAAAUUGCAGGGUGUCAAGGAAGCUAGGGGCCAAGUCACAACUCACAAACUAUUGUCUUAAACAUAAUCAACUAGGAUAACUUCCUGUAUUGUGAAGUUGGUGUCUUCAGUAGUUUUUAUGCAUUUAGUUACAUGCACACAAAACUAUGUGUGCUUCCGAUUGUAAUUGUUUACUUGGGGCCCUAAUAUGAUUGCCUGGAAUUUUUUUUUUCUUGCAGAUACUAUUACAAGUCCAAGUACAGAAAAUUUCUUAUGGAGAAUUUUUCAUGAUAAAAAUCAUUGUCGAGCUAUAAUAAGCCCCUUCAAGUACUCAUGUAAUCAAUUUGAAGACAAUUCUAAUCUAGCUAGCAUGUUCUAUAUUUGAAAACCAGUUUAAUUA